CGUCCAGUGAUUGUUGCGUGUAGGCUGUGAUGUGGAUAGAUUUCACUUUUAGGAAUUAACAUUUAUUUCAAUUCAACUAUUUAACAAGUUAAUAGCAAUUUUUACCAUUUAGUUAAGUUUCAUUUUAUCAAUUCAAUUUCUUUGACCAUGGCUGAAGCCGUGGAUGACAUAGUUAAAACUAUAAAUGAAACAAAUGGUACAAAUACGGAGACAUUCUAUAAAAGAAUUCCAGCCACUACUGAAGGUAUGCUGAUUGCAUAUACCAGUUUAGUUAUCAUGGCUUUAGUACCAAUAUUUCUUGGAUCGUUCCGAUCAGUACGUCUUCACAUGCAGAACAAAUUAAAAAAAGAAGUUCCUGAGUCAAUGACAGAGAAAGAUGCUUUAAUGUUUCCAUUGAUUGCCAGUGGAGCUCUUUUUUCAUUCUAUUUAGUGUUCAGGAUAUUUUCUAAAGAGCACAUCAAUUUGUUAGUGACUGCCUAUUUUUAUAUUCUUGGAGUGGCUGCUUUAAGUAAUCUUCUUGGUAAUCAAUUCAGUUCCAUAUUACCAAAAAGUAUACCUAAAACUAAGUACCAAUUACAAUUUACUGAAGGCGCAGGCGAUAAAAAAUUGGAUUGGAUAAAUGUUAAAUUUACAUUACAUGAUGUAAUAUGCUUUAUAGUAUGUGGAAUAUUAGGAUCAUAUUACCUGUACAGCAAGCAUUGGAUUUUAAACAAUAUAUUUGGAUUAGCUUUUGCUAUAAAUGGAGUGGAAUUGUUACAUCUCAACAACAUUAAAAUUGGAUGUAUCCUCUUAUGUGGUCUAUUUGUUUAUGAUGUAUUUUGGGUAUUUGGCACCAAUGUUAUGGUUACAGUUGCAAGAUCAUUUGAUGCUCCUAUCAAAAUUAUAUUUCCACAAGAUUUAUUAGAAAAUGGAAUUUUAGCUUCCCAAAAUUAUGCCAUGUUAGGUUUAGGUGAUAUUGUUAUUCCAGGAAUUUUUAUUGCAUUCUUAUUAAGAUUUGAUCAAAGUUUAAAGCGUAAAACAAAUUUGUAUUUCAAUACAACAUUUUUGGCAUAUUUUUUGGGAUUGCUUACAACUGUAUUUAUCAUGCACAUUUUUAAAGCUGCUCAGCCAGCUUUGUUAUACUUGGUACCAGCCUGUUUGAUUACUCCUUUAUUGGUGGCUUUAAUAGCUGGAGAUUUUAAAGCUUUAAUCAGCUAUGAAGAUCAUAAUAUGGAAUCAGAAAAGUCUUCCAAAAAAUCAAAAUGAAUACUAAAAUAGUGACUAAUUUCACUUUUUUUUUUCUAUGGUGUGUUUUAAUGUGUUUAAUUAAACCUGUGUUUCAAUGA